AUGCAAGUCACCGCGCUCACCGCACAAGCGCUCCUAAGCAGCGUGGCCGUAGCAGCCGUCGCAUCCUCCGACGACAUCUCGCCCAACCCGGCCACUCUCUUCACCCGCGAUACCUCUGGUGGUGAUGCGGUAUCCUGUGGCGGGGGGUACAUGCCCAACAACGCGACGUGUUGCGGUGGCUCCACGUACUGUGAGUCGGGAGAUGUCUGCACCAAGGAUGGCGGCUGUUGCCCGAAAGGCCAAACCUGCACCGGCGUAGCAACAAGCUGCGAGGCAGGCCAAAAAGUCUGCCACGACGCCUGCGUCCCCGAAGGCGCCGACUGCUGCGGUGCCAACCGUUUCUGCCCGCCCGACUUCUACUGCGGCACCGGUGAUCAGUGCUUCAGCAACAGUGCUAGUGGGAGUGCCGGCGGCGCCGUUUCGAGGGGGUUGGUUGUUGCUGUUGCGGGGGCGGUGGGGUAUUGGGUUUCGAGGCAGUGA